CAUAUCUUCCCUUAUCAUGUCUCAAUUCAUCGAAAGUCUGAUCAUCAACUUUGUUACCCACUUAAAUCCAGCCACCAACCCAUAUCUGACAACAGCUGAUUAUCUUGAAACACUCAUUCUGCCAUGUCCUCUGCCCUCUUGGUCGCGUUACAUUCAACCUGUUAUUGUGGUACAGCUUAUAAUAAUGUUUAUGCAAUCAUCUUACAUUCUCUAUAUUCGCUCGAAGACCAAGAAACCGUAUCACAUUGGCUUGAAUGGAAUCGCAAUGACCGAAAUCAUCUUUGAGCAGCUUGCACAAUCUGGCCAUCUAGACCAGGGAUACUCAAAUUUUAUACUUGGGAUCAAAUUUACGUUUACAGCUGCAUGCAACAGAGUCAAACAGAAAGCUGCUACGUCACACAUGACUCCAGUGGGAAAAUUGCUUCCAACCGCUGUUGUAUGGGCGCUGAAUAUAUUCUUGGUGGCGAUAGUUGUUGCACCCUUUGUCGCACUUUCAUUCACGUUCAUUAAACUCACUAUUGAAUAUAACCAAAUCAGACAAUUCGGGAUGUCCUUAAUCCAAGGUCUUCGGAAUUCGGCCUCUGAAUGCUCGGUAGGUAAAUGUGGUGUAGCCCAGGUAGUCACGCAGGUGAUUCCACUCAUACGGGAAAGGUCUCAUAUUGAUCUCUUGGUAUAUUACACUGGAAUGGGUGUGGAUUGCUAUAUAUUCAUUGAUGGAUUCCUUUUUUUGAUUUACAUUCCAUUCCUCUUCGUACUGCUCCAAAGCUUUACUGAUAAAAGAGGACUGGAGUCUUCAACAAUAAAGACGCAAAAAGCAGUGACUGUGAACACCUUUUUAGAACUUGCAAUUACAUUCCUAAGUAUACUUGUAGCCGUAUAUGCAAAAACUUUGCUACAAAAUGGUCGCUUUAUCCUAGAUCCGUACUUUUGGCUUCUCGUUCGUGUCGGUAAAAAUGCUGUCAUCUCAAGUUUUGGAAACAUUGCUCUGUUCUUGAUUUUAUACAGUCUCCGGAGGGCGGAUGUAUCUCCUAUAUCACACAUGCAAGUACUGAGUCUGAUAAAAACACCACAGGAUAACACACACGUUCAUAAACCCCACCAACAAGCGUGAAUCGGUCCUAUUGCACUUAUCUGGAUUUGCCCUUUCUCAGCUGUGAAAUUGUUGUAUUGCUUUGGCUUCUCAGCUCUUCUGACACUUGAAUUGACAUUAUCUCUUCCAUGCAAUAUAUAUUUAAGCUAGCUUGAUUCUACUUUGUCUGUCUCUUUUUCUCCUGCAUGCCAAUGUUGAAGUAAAGCGUGUUUUUCGUUCAUUUUAUUUACGCAGAUUACAUUUCAAAACCACGACACUUCGCUAAUAUUUUAAUUCAACUUACAUUUCAAUUAUUAUGUUAUCGCUAUGUGUAUGAUUUUAGUAAAACUGUUUGAAACCAUUCCAAACCUAGGUAUUUUUACAAUGUAUCAGUUAUAUACCUGGAAGAGCAGCAAAUUUGAUAAUCUUCUUUCUUCAUCCAAGUCAUUCACUUCUCUCCUUGGAUGAAUGUAAUUGGCUAUCAUGGAAUUGUGCAUUUGU